AUGGCGUACAACUCGAACACCACUGCUCGGAUGAACCCGCAGGCGGCGGCGGAUAAGGCCGUGUCGGUUAUCGGGUACGGGUAUGACCUCACCUCCGACAUCCGGUUGUCCGCGUGCAAGCCCGGCCCGUCCGGAUCGGGUUUGAUUGAGCUUGACCGGAACCGAAAGAAGGACCUGGUGGUGCCUGGUAACGUCGUCGUUUCGGACGUUUGUGCUGCCAUCAAGUGCGACAAAGGCGAGCGCAUCAGGUUUAGCUCCGAUGCGCUCUCCUUCAAUCAGAUGUCAGAGCAUUGUAACCAGGAUUUGUCUUUAGCGGGGAAAGUACCUUCCGGCGUGUUCAAUGCAAUGUUUGACUUCAAGGGCUGCUGGAAAAAUGAUGCAUCAACCACAAAGAUUCUUGCUUUUGAUGGUUGGUUGAUUGGUCUGUACACUGUCGAGCUUGAAAGAUCACAAAUAGCUCUGUCAGAUAAAGUCAAGCAAGAAGUACCAUCUACGUGGGAUCCAACUGCUCUGGCUGAGUUUAUAGAAAAAUAUGGCACUCAUGUCAUUGUUGGGGUUAAGAUGGGUGGCAAAGAUGUAAUUCAUAUUAAGCAGCUUCGCACAUCAAAUCUCCUGCCAGCUGAAGUGCAGAAACUGUUGAAGCAGUUAGCUGAUGAAAGAUUUUCUGAAGAUGAUAAUCUAAAUUUGGUUGCUAACUCUGAUAAAUCAUCAAAGGCAAAGGUUGAACAAUCUAUGGUGUGGGAUCUUCAGCUACCAUUAGCAAAUACAUUUAGACCGCCUGUUUUUUCUCACUCCAAAAAUGAUGAUAUAUGGAGUAUUCAUAUCCGAAGGGGAGGUUUAGACAGUGGCCAAAGCCAUAAGCAGUGGCUUUCAACCGUAUCGCAAUAUCCGAACGUGAUAUCAAUGUCCUUUGUACCUAUUGCAUCCCUUUUGAGCGGCAUUCCAGGCAGUGGUUUCUUGAGCCAUGCGAUUAACCUAUACCUCCGUUAUAAACCACCAAUAGAGGAACUUGCCCAAUUUCUAGAAUAUCAGUUGCCUCGGCAUUGGGCCCCCGCAUACAGUGACCUUCCUCUUUGUCAUCACCGCAAGAAGAAAUCCUCCCCGUCCCUUCAGUUCACGUUGUUGGGUCCUAAGCUUUACGUUAAUACUGUAAAGGUCCUCACCGGCAACCGGCCCGUGACCGGAGUCCGCCUGUACCUUGAAGGCAAAAAAAGCGACCACUUAGCCAUCCAUCUCCAGCACCUUUCCAACCUCCCCGACUCUCUCCACCUCUCCCCCGACCACAGCCACUCCCCUGCUGAUGAGUCUGUGGACCGAGCCUAUUUCGAGCCGGUCAAGUGGAGCAUAUUCUCCCACAUCUGCACUGCCCCGGUCGAGCACCACGGGACCCGUCUCGAUGACCCGGCCUCGAUCGUUACCAGUGCAUGGUUUGAGGUCAGAGUAGUUGGCAUGAAAAAAGUACUAUUCUUGCGGCUCGGAUUCUCCAUGGUGGGGUCUGCCGUAAUCCGGCGGUCCGAGUGGGACUGUCCCACGGGGUCUUCAUCCAAGAAGUCGGGACUGAUCUCGAUGCUGAUGAGCACGCCGUUUAGCGCGGCCCUGAACGGCCAGCAGGCGGUGCCGGAUAGGCCGCCGCCAAGGGUCGACCUGAACUCUGCAGUCUACCCGGGGGGACCGCCUUCACCGUCGAGAGCCCCAAGGAUGUCGAGCUUUGUGGACACAACGGAGAUGGUGCGGGGCCCGGAGGAUCCGCCUGGGUAUUGGGUGGUGACGGGGGCGAAGCUGUGCGUGGAGGGUGGGAUGAUACGGGUUAAGGUGAAGUACUCGUUGCUGACUAUUGUUUCAGACGAGUCUUUGUUGAUAUGA